UACCGCCCCGGGGCUGGUGAGGCUGGACCCAAGCGGGGGCGCUGACGAGUAUCUGGGGCUUCUGAGGCGGGUGAAAGAGAAAGGUCCAGGGCCCGUGUGGAGGGCAGAAAGCGAGCUCCGGAGGGUCGGGAGAAGGAGGCUGCCGUGGCAGAACGGGUUGCUGGGCCACAGCGAGCCCCGCCGCGCCGAGUCCCCCGGCUGCUAGUGCAGGUACCCAGGCCCGGUGAGGAAGUCGCCGGUGGCCUCGGCGGCCUUGUCACUUGGACACCGCAGUUGCCGUGGGAACAUCUGGGAAUUAACGGGGAGCAGACCGGCUACCAGUCCUACUAGGGCCCAGCCCAUCUCUUCAGUUAAACGCUGCUGGCAGGCGUGGCCCUGGUAUUUCCUCGCGGCUCAGGAUUUUCCCCCUCUUUUCAUGGGUGCGUCUUUCCAACGUUGUAAGAAACCGCGCAGGGCUUGAAGGUGGGGAUGAGGUGAAAGGAGAGGGCAAUCAAUACCUAGAGGUAAGAGCUGCAGACCCGGGCUACGCGGAAAAUAAGACACCUACUGUGAUGCUAAGGUGGCCUCUCCCAUCUCAGGUCCGUGAGAGGGCAUAUUGGAAGGUCCCGUGGGAAGGCAGUGCCGCUGUUAAGACAAGUCCCAAGACUGGACCGGAAUCUGUCCUAAGGGGCUCCUCAUCAUGAUGGCUAUGGAAGGGUCAACCAUUACCAGCCGGAUAAAGAACCUGCUGCGAUCCCCAUCCAUCAAAUUACGCAGGAGUAAGGCAGGAAACCGGCGAGAGGACCUCAGCUCCAAGGUGACCUUGGAGAAGGUGCUGGGAAUAACAGUAUCUGGAGGCAGAGGACUUGCCUGUGACCCCCGGUCAGGUUUAGUUGCCUACCCUGCUGGGUGUGUGGUCGUGUUGUUCAAUCCCCGGAAACACAAACAGCACCACAUCCUCAACAGUUCCAGGAAAACCAUCACUGCCCUUGCCUUCUCCCCUGAUGGCAAGUACUUGGUCACUGGAGAGAGUGGGCAUAUGCCCGCCGUGCGGGUUUGGGAUGUAGCUGAGCAUAGCCAGAUGGCAGAGCUGCAAGAACAUAAGUAUGGUGUGGCUUGUGUGGCCUUCUCCCCUAGUGCCAAGUACAUUGUCUCUGUGGGCUACCAGCAUGACAUGAUCGUCAACGUUUGGGCCUGGAAGAAAAACAUUGUGGUAGCCUCCAACAAGGUGUCCAGUCGGGUGACAGCAGUGUCCUUCUCUGAAGAUUGUAGCUACUUUGUCACUGCAGGCAAUAGGCACAUCAAAUUCUGGUACCUUGAUGACAGCAAGACCUCAAAGGUGAAUGCCACUGUGCCCCUGCUGGGCCGCUCAGGGCUGCUGGGGGAGCUACGUAAUAACCUGUUCACUGAUGUGGCCUGUGGCCGAGGGAAGAAGGCUGACAGCACCUUCUGCAUCACAUCCUCAGGGCUGCUAUGCGAGUUCAGCGACCGGAGGCUUUUGGAUAAGUGGGUGGAGCUGAGAAACACAGACAGCUUCACAACCACAGUGGCCCACUGCAUCUCUGUGAGCCAAGACUAUAUCUUCUGUGGCUGUGCUGAUGGCACUGUGCGCCUUUUCAACCCCUCUAACCUGCACUUCCUCAGCACCCUACCCCGACCCCAUGCCCUGGGGACAGACAUUGCCAGCGUCACUGAGGCCAGUCGCCUCUUCUCUGGAGUGGCCAAUGCCAGGUAUCCAGACACCAUUGCCUUGACCUUUGAUCCUACGAAUCAGUGGCUGUCUUGUGUGUACAACGAUCACAGCCUUUAUGUUUGGGAUGUGAGGGACCCCAAGAAAGUGGGCAAGGUGUAUUCAGCUCUGUAUCAUUCCUCGUGCGUCUGGAGUGUGGAGGUGUACCCUGAGGUGAAGGACAGUAACCAGGCCUGCCUGCCCCCCAGUUCCUUUAUUACCUGUUCUUCAGACAACACCAUUCGCCUGUGGAACACAGAGAGCUCCGGGGUACAUGGUUCCACCCUGCACCGAAACAUCCUCAGCAACGACCUCAUUAAGAUCAUCUAUGUGGAUGGGAACACUCAGGCCCUUCUGGACACUGAGCUGCCUGGAGGAGACAAAGCUGAUGGGUCCCUGAUGGAUCCCCGUGUGGGCAUCCGCUCUGUGUGUAUCAGCCCCAACGGACAGCAUCUAGCCUCAGGGGACCGUAUGGGCACGCUUAGAGUGCACGAACUGCAGUCUCUGAGUGAGAUGCUAAAGGUAGAGGCCCAUGACUCGGAGAUUCUGUGCCUGGAGUACUCUAAGCCAGACACAGGUCUGAAGCUGCUAGCAUCAGCGAGCCGGGACCGGCUGAUCCAUGUUUUGGAUGCUGGGCGGGAAUAUAGCCUACAGCAGACACUGGACGAGCACUCAUCCUCCAUCACUGCUGUCAAGUUUGCAGCGAGCGAUGGGCAAGUCCGCAUGAUCAGCUGUGGAGCGGACAAGAGCAUCUACUUCCGCACUGCACAGAAGUCUGGAGAUGGAGUACACUUUACACGGACACACCAUGUGGUACGGAAGACAACCCUCUAUGACAUGGAUGUGGAGCCUAGUUGGAAAUACACGGCCAUUGGUUGCCAGGACCGAAAUAUUCGGAUCUUUAACAUCAGCAGUGGGAAGCAGAAGAAGCUGUUUAAAGGGUCACAGGGUGAGGAUGGCACUCUCAUUAAGGUGCAGACAGACCCCUCAGGGAUCUACAUUGCCACCAGCUGUUCCGACAAGAACCUCUCCAUUUUUGACUUCUCCUCAGGCGAGUGCGUGGCCACCAUGUUUGGCCACUCAGAGAUUGUCACUGGCAUGAAAUUUAGUAAUGACUGCAAACAUCUCAUCUCUGUGUCAGGGGACAGCUGCAUAUUUGUGUGGCGCCUAAGCUCUGAGAUGACCAUUAGCAUGAGGCAGCGUCUGGCCGAGCUGCGCCAGCGUCAGCGAGGGAUUAAGCAGUACGGACCUUCUUCUCCCCAAGGGACUUCUGGACCUAACCGGCCCCAGGCCCCAUCCAUACUCUGUCCUGGACCAGCUCUCUCAUCAGACAGCGACAAGGAGGGAGAAGACGAGGGUACUGAAGAAGAAGUACUUAUGGCUCUGCCCAUUCUUGCCAAGGGUACCAAGAAAGAUCCAGCCUUGGUCCCCAGCCCAGCCCUUCCCCGAAGCCUGUCCCACUGGGAGAUGAGUCGGGCACAGGAGACGGUAGAGUUCCUGGACCCAGCGCCUGCAGCCAACCCAGGACCCAGAAGAAGGGGGCGCUGGGUUCAGCCAGGCAUGGAGCUGAGUGUUCGCUCCAUGCUGGACUUGCGGCAGCUGGAAAAACUGGCUCCAAGCCCUCAGGGCCCCAGCCAGGACUCACUGGCCAUGACGCCAUCUGGUCGUAGGAAGCCUGGUCAGCAGGCCCCUGAGACCUCACUUGCUAGUCAGAAUGAAAAGCUCCCUCAGCCUCAGGCUUCCCAACCCUGUUCCUGCCCCCACAUUAUCCAAUUGUUGUCACAAGAAGAAGGGAUCUUUGCCCAAGAUCUGGAGCCUGCACCCAUUGAAGAUGGUAUUGUCUACCCGGAGCCUAGUGACAGCCCCACCAUGGAUACCAGUGAGUUCCAGGUACAGGCUCCAGGCCGAGGUACCCUGGGAAGAAUGUACCCAGGCAGCAGGGGCUCAGAAAAGCACAGCCCUGACAGUGCUUGCUCUGUGGAUUACAGCAGCAGCCGCCUUUCCAGCCCUGAGCACCCCAAUGAAGACUCCGAGAGCACGGAGCCCCUGAGUGUGGAUGGCAUCUCCUCAGACCUUGAAGAGCCAGCUGAGGGUGAUGAAGAAGAGGAGGAAGAGGAGGGAGGCACUGGCCCUUAUGGGCUGCAGGAAGGCAGCCCCCAUACCCCGGACCAGGAGCAGUUUCUAAAACAGCACUUUGAGACUCUGGCCAAUGGGGCUGCUCCAGGAGGCCCAGUAAGGAUACCAGAGAGGACAGAGUCUUGGAGUAUUUCUUCACGAUUCCUGUUGCAAGUACAGACCCCCCCACUCAGGGAACCAUCCCCAUCCUCCUCAAGCCUGGUUCUGUUGUCGAGACCAGUCCAGGUGCCACAGGUGUCUGGUGAGCAGCUGAGAGGCAGUGGUGCCAAUCCUCCAGGAGCACCCCCGGAGGUGGAGUCCUUCCCUGGCUCCCCCAGCCCCCAGCAGGCAGCCCCUGUGCUGUUGUCACGCCGCCGUCUCAACCCGGAUGGCAGCUGGGCCCCCAAGAGAAUGACCACAGGCAGCCCCUUAGCUGGACUCCAGAGAGCCCUGUCUGUGCAGAGUCUGGUGCCACAGGGUGAGAAGCCUGAUGAGGCCCCUUCACCAAGCCCAUUGCUGUCACAGGAGAUUGAGGCCCAGGAUGGCCUGGGUUCCCUGCCCAAGGCUGAUUGCUGUCUGUCUCGGUCCCACUCCUACCAGAACCCCACUGCCAGUUUCAUGGCCAAGAUGUCCCACAGCAUCUCUGUCGGAGAGAACCUGGGCCUGGCAGCUGAACCUCAAGCUCCUGCCCCCAUCCGAGUCUCAUCACUCAGCAAGCUGGCCCUGCCCAGCCGGGCUCACCUGGUCCUGGACAUCCCCAAACCAUUGCCUGACCGUCCUACCCUGGCCACAUUCUCCCCUGUAACCAAGGGCCGGGCCCCUGGUGUGACAGAACAGCCUGGCUCCCCAGUGGGCCUAAGAAACCCUCAGAGUACAUCUGAGAGGCGGGUCUGUUUGGGGGAAGAUACCACUCCCAAGCCUAGGACAGAGUGCCAGGCUCAUCCUGGGCCCAACAGCCGCUGUGCCCAGCAACUGCCGGUUAGCAGCCUCCUCCGAGGCCCUGAGAACUUGCAGUCCUCAUCCCCUGAGAAGACUCCCAACCCCAUGGAAUGCACCAGGCCAGGGGCAGCCCUGAGCCAGGAUUCAGAGCUGGUGGUGAACCUGGAGCAGUGUGAACAACUGGUGGCAGAGCUCUGUGGCAAUGUGCGCCAGGCUGUGCAGAUCUACCACUUGGUGGCUGGCUGCAAGAUGCCCUCAGCGGAGCAAAGUCGCAUCACUCAGCUCCUCAGAGACACCUUCUCCUCAGUGCGGCAGGAGCUAGAGUCCCUGGCUGGGGCAGUGCUGUCUAGCCCAGGCGGGAGCCCUGGGGCUGUGGGAGCUGAGCAAACACAGGCCCUGCUAGAGCAAUACUCAGAGCUGUUGCUUCGAGCUGUGGAGCAGCGCAUGGAACGCAGACUCUGAGUACCAGAAGCCUGUCCCACGUGAAUGUUCCCCGUUUCAAACUUUAGCCCCUCCUCCACUCACCAAAACCUGCGAGGAUGCUUCGAGUGGAUAGCAGGAUCAGUGCUCAAGAGGUGAAGCAGCUUUCCCAGCUGCUCCUCACGGAGCCCCUGUAUUUAUUAAUUUAUUUCCCUGA